UUACGGUUCGCGUCUAAUUGGAAUCGCAUCGGCGUUUGAAUUUCAAUUAAUUACACUUUGAAAAGUUAGUUUGUACACAACAAGCGUCCAAAGUGGUAGCAAAAUAGUGUUUGGUUGCUGGUAGACAACAAUCAUGAACACAAACGGCUCUAAGUGUUAUUUCUGUCAUCGAGAACUACGCAACGAGACCGCAGAGCAACAUUCAGCACGUUGUGGCUACGUGCUUGAACCAUGCGUCAACAAAUGUGGAGCUUACAUUCCACGCAACAACAGGUCCCAACACCUUCAUGUUUGUCGAAACACGCGCCUGAAAUCAGCAAGAAGCACUGAAAGUCUGCUUAGCGCGACAGGUUAUGAUACUUAUCCGCGUGCCAGCCACCUUAGCAAUUCAAGCAAUGCCUCUUUCGUUCGUACUGGGACUUUACCUCGGAGCUAUAAAGAAUUACCAGGACCUAAUUAUCAAUAUCAAUAUCCAGAGAAUGCGAUGCACAACGCAGCUGGAUACAAUAUGGCGCCUCGCGCACCGGAAGUUAAUGGCAAAUAUGAACAACUUCAUGAGAAAUUCCAGCGUGGGCAUCAACAACACGCGGAUUUAAUUCGGCAAGUUGAAUUAACAUUGAACAAACUCCGAUUGGAUGUACAAAUGGUUCAGGGACAGAAUAAAACUCUUGUUGAUUGGCGUACGAAUGUUCAAUAUCAAUUGGAUGGAAUCGUUGGAGAGUUUCGAACGAUGAAUGCAAAUAGUAAAAAUGAUAUAAACACACAUCGCCUUCAGGAGUUAUCAAAGGAUUUAGUUCUGUUGCGUAACUCUUUAAACAGCCAACAGGUGACGCUGGUAAACGCACAAGUCGACGCUGAAAAAUUCCGUAAUGAUAUGGAAUAUAAACUAAAAGAGUGUGAAAAUUACUUUCGGCAAGAAUUGCAUAAGUUAUCAGAGGUCAACGAAGGACAAACAAGACAAAUUGAUGUUUUUACAGCGCGGGAAACGCAAUACAAUGAAGUUAACCUCAAUUUACGAACGGAGAUUGAUGCGUUGCAGAAUGAUUUGACGAGUUUAAAAAAACAUUGCACCAAUUUGGUAGAAACGAAUAAAUUGCAAUCUGGACAAAUUAAUGAUUUAAAAACAGCACUGGCGAAGAUUAAUUUGAAUGUAGAGGUCGCUGAACGUUCAUUUGAAAACAUCCAAGGGUUAAUCGCCACGCAACCAGGGAGAUUAUUGUGGAAAAUCAAUGAUUUUGAUAUCAAAUUAGAGAAUGCUAAGUCCAAUGAAAAGAUCCCGAUAAGAAGUCCUGUAUUCUAUACGAGAGACUACGGAUAUCGAGUUAGACUACAAGUGCACUUAAAUGGACUGAAAAAAUGGCGUGGAAGACAUAUGUUGGCUUGUUUGCAUGUUAUGAAGGGAGAUUAUGAUGAUUUACUAACAUGGCCGUGUAAAAUCGAAGCAAAUAUCAUUUUAAAAGACUUGGAGAAUCUUGAAAAGCCGAAGGAUUACGCACGUUACAUAACCGCAAAACGUAACUAUCCUGAUGACAUCGCAGAUGAUCCUCAGGAGUCUUCAACGCAGUAUAUUUUCAUCCCUCACACAAUAUUGUUGAAGUCUAGUCACUUGAAAAACAACGCUGUUUUCUUAGAGAUAGUUAUCAACAACGCACAAUAAUAAUAAUAAUUAACUACAAAAAAUAGGUCAUAAAAUAGGUUAGGUUGCAUUUUAUAUUUAUUUUAAUGAUUUUUAGUCAUCUGUGGUUCUUUUUUGUGCAAUAACAUUUUAGCCAACGCAAUAAUUGGCGAUUCGAAUGACAGCACUGAAAUAACCGAUAGUAAAGUUGUCAGAAAAAUGUCACAAACACUGCCAUGCAACUAAAACAUAAAUUAAUAAAAAAAGUUAAAUAAAUUUAAUUAUCAUAUCAUAUUCAUGCUUACAUUCGGCCAGAAUGACAAAAGCAUCGGUGUUCUUGUCGAGCCCAUGGUGAAAACCAAAACAACAACUUGUAACAAAUACAUACUGUAACUCAAGCGUCCCAUGACGAUAAACAAAGAGUUUGAGAGGAAUUUAUUCAAUGUUUCUGUAAACAAUUAAGUUAAAAUCAAUCUGUUGUAGAUAUAAAUAUAAUAUUACUUGUG